UGUGAUAACGAAUUCGGCAGUGCUAAACUGGUCGUCAAUAUGUGCGCGUGUCGACAGAAAAAGUCGUUUUUUAUAGAAGACAUUCUUCAGGAUUCAGCGAAGAAACCUUACAAAAACUUGAGUAAUGAGCCGACGCUGCCGUUGAAAUGCAACGCGAAGACCUCAGAGCCCGUCAGCGAGGAGAAGAAUCCAGUAAAAGUGGAAGAUGAGAAGUUGACAAAGUUCAAUGUGGCAUGCGAAGUCCAGAACGAGAUGAUCCUAAACAAACUGAACUUGGAACAGAGAAGGAACACGUACCCGAUAUACCCUACGCCAAUGAAACUGAACCUACCGAUGCCACCUUAUAGAACAAAGGACCAAAUGUCGUACCCUGUGGAACCCCGGCACCCUUUCAGCUACUACAGUGACCCAAUGCUAAACACGGACCAAAUGUUGAGAACACAGCUCGCUGCUAAUAGAUUUGUAACGCAUCCGUUUACGAUACGACAAAGCUACGGAUUCGAUAGAGUAGGGCCGGCUUGCUGCAGCCCGUGGUGGAGCUUGGGCGGGCGGCGGAAGGGCGGGCAGGUGCGCUUCAGUGCCGCCCAAACUGGCGCCUUGGAGAGACGGUUCAGUGCCAGCAAAUAUCUGAGCCCUGAUGAGAGACGGGCUUUAGCUGCUACAUUGAGACUGAGCGACCGACAGGUAAAGACCUGGUUCCAGAACCGUCGCGCAAAAUGGCGCCGCGCGGCUCCGGACUCGGCCGACGCGGGCAGCCCGCCCACCGCCGACGAGGACGACGACGAGGAGCUGCUCAUCACCGAGGACGACUGACCCUGGCCGAACUACAAGUACCCGGACCGACAACUGACCAUGAUUAAACAAUUUAAAAAUAUACUUAAGAACGAACAUUGA